AUGGAUGCCACUCUUCAACAGCAAUGGGACGAAAUAAAAGGAUUUUCGGACGAGUACGUGAAAAAUUUGACAGUAGAGUAAUCUUUGCCUAAACUUCCUUUAAGCAUUUUGUCUAAUUGCUCCAAACCUUACAGAGCCUCUUAUUUUAACGUUUUAAAGCAAUGCAUUUGGCAUAUUUUAACAAAAACUAAAAUUAACACUGUCGUUUAACGUCCGGGUCUUUGACGGAGGUUUCCCUUUGCUAGGGUAAUCUUAAACAUAAUCUUAUUUAAUGCAUUUCCCAUUGAUAAGCGAAAUAAUAUUGACCACUCAAGCGUUUAAAUUGUAAACCUGAAAGUGAAUUUGCCUUUUGUUAGUUAAUUCUAGUACGUCAUUUAUUUCACGAAUACUUGUCUGUUUUAAAUCACCGAGAAGUUUGGUGCUGAGCAGUAACUAUAACCUACGGCGAUAGAAAUUGCUGAAGGGCAAACAAAGCUUAUUAGCUUGGUUUUGGAGUCUCGAAUUAAGCAUACAUUUGCACUAACAAUAUUGCCAACAAUGUUUGGCAAUUAAUUUGUAAUUUUAUCUUUGUUCAACGCAUAUACAUCAUAUUUCAGCAAAAAAAAAUGGAAAAAGCGACGAAAAUUAAAGUUAGCCGGUAUUUUUAGCAUACAAUGCAUUUGGUCCAAUCUAUACAGGAAAACUCGGUUAAGAUCUUAACCGAGUUUUCCUGUAUAGAUUCGACAAAAUGCAUUGUAUGCUAAAAAUACCGGCUAACUUUAAUUUUCUUCGCUUUUUCAUUUUUUUGCUGAAAUAUGAUGCAUAUGCGUUGAACAAAGAUAAAAUUUCCGAAUUCGUGAGUUGUUUUAAGGGCCGACCCUUAAAACAACUCACGAAUUCGGAAAUACUAAAAACAAAUUCAGGUUUUUCAUCUAGCAAGUGCUUAAGCCUUAAAAUUUUCAUAUAUAAAAUCGCAAAUGGGGGCAUUUGGCAUAUUGACGUCCGCUGUCUGGCCUCCUGGUUUUAGCUAAAUUAGUGAGUGGUAUUUUUCGCUAAGACCAAAGCUUUACUAAUGGGUGUUCGUCCGUAAUUUACCAAAUCGCCUGCCUCUUCAGAAAUUUAUGACCUGCAGAUAUCAAUUAAAAACCAGCUUUUCUAACAUUGUUGAAGUAAAUAUAGACGAAAGUACUAUAUGUGCACUAAAACAUAUUUGUGUGGGCAAACAAUUCGUUGCGAUUCAUUUUGCACUAUCUCUUACCGAACAGCAGCGCUUGAAUCAUAAGAAAAAAUUAAGUGUUACCAAAAGCGCAUGUGUUUCACUUUGUACUGUGGUUUUCUGAGAAUAAUAACUCAUAUUUUCACAUAAUCUUGAUGCUAAAUAUGGCCAUGACUUAGCAGCCAAACGAAAAUUUUGCGAUGUUUUCCCUGAGGAUCUUUAUUCUAGCUUUGAAAUCUGAUUUCAGACACUAGUGGAUACGUUUAAGAAGUUUCGCCUGUCCGUUAAUUUUUGUCGCAUUGAAUAUUUACAGCAUUAGAGAAUGUUAGUGAUGUUUUUCGCCUGCUUAUGUUCAACAUAUGUCAGCGCCAAUGUACUCUAUGCUAUAAACAAUCAGUAAUGCCAGAUUUGAAUGUCAACAGAUAAAGGGAAUUAAAAUUUUAUUGUUAGCUCAUUUUCCUGCCUCAUUUAGCUUCAAAUCACUAAAGAGUUCGACGACCUGUUCAGGAUUAACUUUUCACGUCGUCUCAAAUUGAUGCUGAAAUGCAACUUAUUAAUGAUGCACACCCCCUUUGUUUUACAGCAAUCCUUCUUCAUUAAAGUUGACCCUACAGAAGAAAAAGAACAUCCUUCUGUAUUAACCUAGAGGCCGAAUGCCUGCUUUAGGGUUCGAGCCUUGGAAGAUUCUUUGGAGCAGUUGACUGUUCAUGCCUCAAUCUCAGAAUUUUUAUAUCAGUAAAUAGAAAUCUGAAGUCAACUGCCACAAAAUGGUAGUGGCAAAAACCUGCUUAGAAUAAAAUCCGAAUGCUGCGUCAUAGAAAAAAUGCAAAUUAGGGUUAUCGACUUGCUAAAAUCAUGAGUAAUAGACAUGGGUGUUCUAAAUGCUUGUUUCGUUGCGUGAAAUUGGGGAUGCCCGCAGUUUUUCCCUUUAUUCUGCUGUCCCUGCACAGCGCAGAUGUAUGCAUGAUUUUCUCCUUACUUAUGCAUAUGUGAGUAACUGGUGCUCAGAGUUUUGUCAAAUCCAAUUAGGCGGCAUUAUAUCAGGACGUUUACCAUAUAUUUCGUGAAAUCGGACCAACAGAAGAUAUGAAUAAUUUAGUCCCAUCGUGAGCCUAAGUCGAUAUCUGAUGCUAAUCUGUCAAAUUGCAACUCAGAAAUAUUUACACUGAUCGCACUUCUGCCUAUUUUUGAACUGCCUUACCGUCCUCCCCCUCCUCCUUUUUCAAUGAAGCACCCUCUACUAGAUACCCCUCCCUAAGAAUAACAUUAGAUACGGCCAAAAUUUCUACUUAAGCAGAAACUGAUGACAUACUCGACCGCAGCUACCACUUAUCAGGUUUGAGCGAUGUUGUGUAGAGGAUAUGAUUUGACUGCUAGACCAAAGAAUUAAUCUGCCUGACAUUCUGGUUUUUAUGGUAACAAUCAUCAGGAACAACCUCAUAUAGAGAUAACCACUACACAGAGGCUGCAGUACUUAUAGGAUGCAGUUGCCCUCGAGCCACAGGCGGGCUCAAACUAGCAUCUAGCGUACAUAAUUAUACUUGGUUUGUCGUCCAUAUUUGAUUUGGCACUCUGCAAUUUCAUUUCUAGUACUGGUGACUGACAUGAUACUUACUCUGCCGCUUUGUCUACAAGUGCCUCCAAUAGAAGCAGCGUUAGCUUAUGCAUCCAGGUGAUGCCAAGGAGGCAAAAAGGGAGGGAGUGAUAAUUGCGCUUUUUGAUUGGGACAGGAGAACCAAAACUCAAAGAGGUUACAAGUUUCGCGUUCGUUCUCUCCUGCAUGGGCUGUAAUCUUAUCUAGCCUGCUUAAUGUACUAAAAUUCCUGUCAUAUAGAACUGUGCAAUGAUUUACCGUACUAACAACACAGGUAUUAGCUAAAAGCCCAGACACGCGUGUUUCGCCGAGUCAAGUUUUGGACCAUGCUUGAAAAGGCCCGUUUCGAAAGAUGUACUCCAAGUUCGCGCAUUAAUUUCCUCGGAAAUUAAUCAAGGCAUUCCUGUCAUAUUUUAUUAAUGCUUGUCAGGCAUACAACAGUCAAGUGUGAUAGGGGAUAGAAGGAAUGCUAAUGGGCCUGACAACUGGUUUGGUUGCAUUUACUCCCCCUAGAGUUAACUGCUGUAUGCGAUUAGAGACAUGUCACGGAACGCUUAGUAGCGUAGAUGAAAUUUACGCAUACUUUUUUGCUUUAAUUACCCGAUAUUGUCCUUUGCGCUGAUUGUCUUGGAAGUUUUUUACGUAGAAGUCCGGGCUGGGUUUAUAAAUGGAAGUUUACUCCGCAUAAAGCUUAUCCCAGUUUUUUCAUAGUAAGUCGACAAAAUAUGUUAAUUAUAUCAGGCUCAGUAAAAGUAAAAAGCGGGCCUACGGACAGACCGGCUUUUAUUCGUUUUGCCCCUAAUUGAAAAGCAUGUGUAGUUCAUGCAAAAUUGGCAACGAGGUUGACGUAUGCUGUCAGCAACCCUGCCCCUUCAGAAAGCCUGCUGAUUUCGCAAAGGCCUUCCCUCCGGGGGGAACAUUUACCCGCGUUUUUGAAGAGAACAUGUACAUGCAAACUCAGUGUAAUGCAUGUGGCGGAAUAAAUAUAUAACACACAGCGAUCAUGAACAGGGUAUACGGUCUCAACCAUACGUUAGGUGGCUAAUGCAAAAAUUUACUUUGAUGCAGUAAUACUAAGACUCUUGACAAAAAACAGCAAACAAAGUAAAAGAUAGUUUAGCAGCGGGAAUACAUGACAGUUUCGACCUUCUUGUUCGACGAUGCCUACUGCGUGCUCUAUAACAGGGUAACGACAGAAGCGGUGACUAAUGUGUGAGCUAGUUUAAGGUAAUGGUAGACUUGCGCCGCAUCUACCGCGCCCCUCACCUACACCCGCACCUGGGCCGGGGUCUUGACAGAGGCAGGAGAGGACGCAGGUGGCUGACACGGAGAAAACCCGCAUGUAGGCAUGCCACCACACCCCUGCUCCACAACAUACGCCAACAAGGAUUUCAUAUAACAAAAAAAUGGUGGCGCCUUGGAUCCCAACCGGCGUGGUGUGGACCCGCGCCCUAGAGUGCCACCACACCCCAGUUUUGGCAUUUGUCAUGGGAAUGCAUUUUCAGGAACUCCUGCUAGAUCUCGAUCUAGCCUGCGUGGUGGUCCAGCCUAUCUACUGCGUGAUCCGUUUUAGGGGUGCAGUGGGGGGACAUAUAGGUGCACUCAUAUUCGUAUGGUGUGAUGUGCCUACUUUGUUGACAUCCCGACGAAACGGGUAUGCAAGGAAAAAAAUCCUUGAAAUUAUGACAAAGGGGCUCUUUGCUGAUGGUGAGUGUAAUGCACUUCAGCGUCGGUCGGCGAAAAUAUUGGAGUAAAACACGUGACUACAGUAGAGCUUGUGAAGAGGGAAGCAGACUGAACUCGUCGCUCUCCGAAAAAGUGUGACCAUUUGAUCAGUACUGAAGCGUCAUAUACUGCUGCAGCUGUGACUUCUUGUCAGCUAGUCGUAAGUAUGCCUAAUAGUAGCUCCCGAUCAAACCAAAUGCGGUUCAGAAUGUGGUAAAGCACGGCAAAGGAAGGGGCCUCGACAGCUCGACGUCAGUUGCUCUGGCAGGGUAUUGCUGAGCUGAAAGCGCGCCUAGAAGAUAUCCAUAUAGGCAGAAAGUUGCUGAUGGACUGCUGAGCACUGGAAGUCUCUAUUCCAAAUUUUGGAAUUCAUUUAUAUCCGAUUGACCAAUUCCCCCAUGGUUCGUAUAGAUUAGGGCGUUUGCUUUAUUGGUUAUAUUUGGCAGGUUUAUUCCCGGAGCUUAAAACUCGAGCUGAAGCUGACAGGGACCUUUUAAACGAGAGAUCGAGGGGAAAGCCUUUCAGUAGACUUUUAGUUUGGCCCCAGUGGCAGCUGCACAGGCGAUGAGGAAAGGGUCGCCGGCGUUGCUAUGCCGUUUUAUGUCUGUAAAGUCAAACGCAAAGCGGCAAAAAUUACCUUGAGCUAUCCGAUAAUAUGAAGUUUUAUGGCUGCUUCUUGAAUGCUCUAAGGUUGUGGUUGAGCCUGUGGAAAGCAGCGUCAUCCCUGGCGAUAAUGGUGACUAAACACGUUUGCCAUAUUCAGCCGACAGUGCUCGGUGCGUCCUAAUUCCUCCUGCCGGCCUACGGCUUCCACAUGGUGGAUCGUAGGUUCAAUAGUUGUUUAUGAAGUCUCGUUCGAUUAUGGAAGUGGAAUAGUCAAAAUCGUGGCAUGCGAGAACUUCGGUCAAAUGUUAACCCAACCACUAAGCCAACUAUUAUCGCCGAUCGAGCUUCCUCCAGUCUUGUCAAUGGAACACAAUGAAUGGGUAAGGAGUGUUAGGCCUACGCGACAAAGUUCUCUGUAGGCAUCAUAAUUUAAUUUGCUUCCAUCUUAUCUGGGGUAGUGGUGAUCUGCCUUGCGUUUGACAGACGGACCGUCUUAGGUGGUGUCUCCGCAUAAUACACUUAGUGUCGGCUGCACGGCCUAAGCUCUAUAACUGUACGUACUCGUGGUUUAUUUCGGUUUAGCGCACGAACGACGAACGCCAAAAUACCUUCUAGGACGCGUUGUGAGCUGCUUUUUGUUGUUCUGGUUUUUGCUAUGGCUAGCGUGCACUUAUGCACCGGCAGGCCCUCAAAAUGGACGUCGAUGCAGUUUUUACGGCCUUUGAUUGCAGUCAAGAUUAAGGUUUUUUGCCAUAUGGACCACUGUCCCAAGCUUUCCGUCGUCAUAAUCAAUCUUCUGAACUCGCACAAACCGUUACUCAAGCAUCACUGCCCAUUUAGACCACUCGAAUACAAGAAGGGUUAUUCGCCUGUUUACUGCCCACAAAUAUGAGAGGCCUCAUUUUAAUGGGCUCCUUGAGUGAACUAGUACCGUUUGCAAAAACCUCAAAUAAACUAAUGUCGGUUUGUGUCUUAUUUUAUUUUUUUAUAACUAUACUUGACAAUAUCUACAUUAGGUUACCUACUUCAACACCAAAAGACUCCACGAAACAUCAUGCAGAGUCGUUUUUAGGGAUGUAUAAAGAAACAGAGGCGAGAAUGUACAAGGGGUAGAUAAUGUUGCAAAAGAACUUGUAGCAUGGCGGAACACUCGGAAGUCCUUGCAACAGUACUCUGCUUAUAACGGUGGUAUGUGGGGUUCGAAUUAGUCAUUUACUUUUGCUCCGAACUUUCAUUAUUUUACGUUUGAUGAGGGACUUUCAAAAUUCGAAAGGCAGCACCUGGUCUGCAGGUGUUCUGUGUCAGGAAGAUGGUGCAAAAAGGAGUGAUUUUUACUUAUUACAUUUUGUCUCCUGCGUAUGGAAAAUACAUCAGUAUUUGGGUCUUUGAAAAUUGAUAACUUGAUAUUAGAAAGACGCAGGUUUCAAAAAUCACAGCAUAUUCAGCAGUAAGUAGACUCUUAUCAUCGAAGGCUGCUAGGCUUUGCCUCCGUCGCCCUCAAAGGAUGCCCAAGUGACACCUGCUCUGAUUCCUUAUGCCCGGAAGGACUUUUGUCGAUGCAAAACUACAACUUCGCCUUCCAGGUAGUAAUUGAUUAUGAGAGAGACCAGCUGACCCCACAUUUAUGUCAUUUUCUCCCCAACAUCGCUAUUUCUGGCGGCAUGAGGGUCAGAAACGCAGGCUGCUACUCACUCGGCUGUAGUGACCCAUAGGAAAAGAAGAUUAAAUACUUCCAGCGACUCCAGAGGGCGACAUACCUGACGGUAUUGGGACCACGAAUAGAAACGCCACCAACUUUCCAACCCAGAAGUAAUACAAGCACGACGCUGUCUGGUGUAUGAAUGGCAGUUUGCCAAUCAUCUCUCUGGUCUUAGGUUGCUUUUUUCCUUAGACCUACACUGAAGGUGGCAAAUCUAAGCCGUUCGAAACAAGGAAAGGUUUUUUGUUUUUACCUAAGUGCAUCUUAACUGGCAUAAAAGGGGCUACGGAAGGACGCCAUUUUGGACAAUUUUGUGGUUAACGAAUACAAAUUUCCCACACUGGCAUAUAUUAUAUGUCAUAGAAAUUACAAAGUAUGUCUAAUUAGUGAACUCUGUCAGGUAACUGAUUAAAUACACACCACUUCUGGCGGAAAUCAGACAACCGAGCUUAAGGUAGGGAGGCAAAGUACAGUCGUCAAAACAAGGGCCUAUGGAAUGAAUGCCUUUCAGCAGUGUCAGACGUACUUAAUUGUAUCCUUGCUCAAUAUUUAUACAUGCACGCCUAAUGGUUUAUAUAGGGCAGAUGACUGAGGUAACACCGACUUCACUUUCUCCGACCGUCAACCUCAAAAUCCAGUGUCCAGACUCAGUCACUAAAACUGGGAAAUCAACAAGGUGUGAAGUUCUGGCAGAACUUUUUAUCGGUCUACACGGGCAGCGACACGUUGGUGACUAGCCUAUUUUCCGAAUCCCUACUACACGUCCAUAUUUAUGACCGUGAGCCCAUUUUGGCUCUUAUGUAGUUUUAAAAGGCCUGUUACUGUCCAUUUCAAAGACCCCGCCCUCUCUAUGGGUUUUACGUCCCAAAUAAUCGCCUUGUCUCACUUCUAUUCCAUUAAAUGCAUCCACCAGGAACUUCCAAAUUUUUUGGGAAGCCUGAGCUGGCUGCCUGGGUCAGCAGACAUCCUAAUCAAUGUGGCUAAUGUUCUCCAUUCCAUCAUUUAACUUCCUUAGCUUAACUCCCCAAAGAAAUCUCUGAUAAGGUACGCUCCUUAGCAGUGACCCUAGUAUUCCCUUUAAAAUGCUCUGCCUUCUCCUAGGUCUUCCAUUAUGGGUUGAGACCCACCAAGACAGACAGAGAGAACAACGUAAAGGCAUUCACGCCAAGUUUAAAGGUGUUCCUCAUCUUAAGCCAGGCGUAAUGAAAAACGCGGUUAGUUCCAAAACGAACUGCUCACUUUGAAUGAAGAAAAAUUCUUCGCUUUUCUCAAUGGAAUAAAUUCCUCCUCAUUUGCGCUCACUUUCGCCGAAGGCUCCCCCUUCCAUUGAAAAAUCUCUUCUUUGUCUGAAGACGAAGGACGGCUUAAACAUCCAUUUUUCUUGUUCGAGGAGCUUCAUAUUGUCAGAAACAUUAAGAUGCCAACCCUUUCACGUGUUCGCUUUUGAAAAUCACUAAAGACCGACCACUUCAUUGCGUUUUUUGUUCGUUCAGAAGGCUAUUUUUAAGAACAUAAAUAGAUCUUGGCGGGUAACACAGGAGAAAGAGAGAGACACACACAUACAAAAGACAUGAGAGCUACGCGAGUCGGAACACUCAGUUGAUAGCCUCGGUAAAUUCCACACCCACAUGCCAGGGCGUACACAGCCUUCUCCAGCGAAAGUAAAACCACGGCCAACUGUGUCAGUUAUGUAUUUAAAAAAAAUGUAACCCUCACAAAAUUUACUUUUUCUUAUGAAUUCUAACAUAAGUCGGAAACAUCAUCUCAGCACACCUUCGCUCCCGGAAAGUAAAUCCUUCCCCUCCGUCACCCUCUUUUAAAUUGGCUCUCGUAACGUAAAUAUCCAUUUCCGUAACGACUUAUCAUCCAAAUCAUUUCCCAUUUCUGCGCCCCCUAAUCACGCUAGGCCUACGUGGCAAGGGCUUCUAGUUGUCCACCUGCCGUAUACCUUCAUCGUAAAAACUAAUUUCUCUGACUGUAUGAAACCUUUAGAAGCACUUGAAAUUGUUAAUUCUUGACGGCGAAAUCUACUAAUUCAGGAUCUGCAGAUCUUGGGCCGCUUUGCGAUAACUUCCAAUAAAAAGGAAAAAUGAAGUUCGUCCCCUUUGAGUUGUUGGCCUUCUCUAUAGAGUGUCUUUUCAAACAGUCCUCGCACCUGGAUCUUUAAGGGACAGACACGCUGUCGAGACUAGCAUCACACCAAAAUCAUAGAGAACUGCACCUGAUCAGACUGUAACAUGUAUCAGUGCAUUCGAAGACGAAUUUUACUGAAUAACCGAAUUGGAGGAGUUGAUUGGUUCGCAGACAACGGAACCGCAUGCGCUCAACUGAUGUCCGAAAAAGAACAGAACUGAGUUUUCUUAAAGUCAACGACGCGACUUGUUUUGUCAGUUUGCAUAGGCAGCCUGCUUCCACCCAGCCUAUCAGUGGAUCUAAUAGGGCUGGUUGCCCAGUCAAAUGGUUCUCAUUUUCAGUGAGUCAGACUCGAGAAGGAGGUUGUAAGUUGAAAACGAGAAAAAGGUGAAUGCGUCUAACCGCGCACAAAAUGCGUGUAGCACAGCUCAAAGUCUUUCGGCGUUUUUUUGACAACUGUUACAUAUGACCCCUUCGAGACGAUUAAUACCGCAUAUGCUCGACGUGUGCCUUCCCCCAUCCGUCGAAUGUGGACAUUAUGCUUUUACUUUUGUCAAAGACAAAGUGCACGUGUCUAGAACCGGGUGGGGCCUUAAUGACUGGCUAGGCCGAUCCCGCAGUUGCACAUGCUCUACGUGCUGAUUUCUAGACGCAAAGAGAAGGAUCCGACAAGAAGUGCGGCUGGCAGAAUUGAAAACUCUCCGAAGUUUUUGAAAGUUUUGCACAUGAUCCCUCUGAGGCAAUUGAGAUCACAUUUAUUUAAUGUGCAGAUUUCCUCACCUUGGCACUGGGGACCCAUGCUCCUACUUUCACCAGAAGGACUGUCAUUGCCAAGGACAACGUAAAAUGCCAUGAUCGACUGAGGUUCUUCAUCCGUAAACUUCUGCCUCAUCAAUGCGCUCAAGGCCUUAGUUGUUGAAUGACAGCAAUGGAGACUUUUGAGCCGCUACUAGCAACAUUGAAAUUAUAUCUCAGCAGCCAACAGGAAAAACGAACGAAUUUACACAUCUCUCGUUCACUGACUGCCUUUCAGCCCCGCAAGGUGACUGAAACAUCACAGUCCUCCAUAAGGUCGUUGUUUUGUUUGUCCUCACCGAGAUCCGCCCAACACGUCCACUAAGUCGAGCUUCAUCUGGCAGAAAGGCAGAAAACGUGUGGCGAGUUCAUAGGGUCUGUGAAGAAAGUAACGAGUAUCACUAUCUAAUAAGUACAAUAGAGGCUUCUUCCCGCCUGGAACUGGGAAGUAUUUACUCACAUCCUUCCGUUUCGGCAGUCACGAGUGGCAGCCCUCCACAGUGUUCGUGUGCUGCUGGCCUAUUGCGUUUGCGGGCAGGCAGAUCGUUUGUAUUCUGUACGUCACAGGACGUGGCACUUCUGAUCAACAUGUUCGUCUCAGGCUGCCGCCGAUUGUGCUUACAUUCCUAAGGCCGUGGCUAUUCUUUAAGUUAUGAAAUUUACUUACUCCCAAGAGUCUGAACGAGAGGACAAUGUGUCACACCGUCGUCAGCACGUUUAACUUUUUGGACUUGUCGCAGACUGCGACUAGGCAAUGGACUUAACAACAUUUCAUGUCUGCUUAAGUACUCCUUAGUAGUGCCAAAUACUGCGUCGGACGUGAAAAGAAUCCACUUUUGCUGAUGCUGAAAAUCUCCCUGUUUAGUGGAUGUAUGAGACCAUUCUUACCAUCUGUAACCGCUGUCUGACUAUUUGAGCUAAAACGUACUCACCCGCAGCCCCAGGACUUUAGGUCCAAGUCGGGACGCCGUAGUUGACAGUUCAUUGAAUAUUAAAUAUGGCUGUGAGGAUGGAUUUCUCCUCAUCUACAACAACUGCCCCAAAUGGUCGUUCAGCAUGCUCUACGACCUUCUUACAGUUCUUUAAAGGUGGAGUUGUUGUCGUAAUCAUGGAUGACAUCGUGCGAAAAGAGAAGUAGUUAUAAUGGUUUUAGCAUUACAUCAUGACACAUAUCCGCCCGACAGUUUGCCGGCCGCAAAGAACGAUGGCUACUGUUGUCCCCGGGGUUGCAACAGUGACUUAUACUGGAAUUUUCUAUCAUUACAUGGGAUAUUUUCAUUGCAUUCACCCCACUUGCCAUGCCCACAACCACUAUACCCAAAUGACAAGACGGAGUCAGGCGGAAUAGUGAAGGGGCUUGACGCCAUGCCCACCCUUAAAAAUCCUGCGAUGGUCCUCGACUCUCACGACCCAUUCUUCAGGGGAAUAAUAUCGGAUUAAAUGGUGCAGAGACUGGACAUUUAGGCUCAAGGGAGAAAGAGCCGUUGGUUGGCAGCUUUCCGAGCCACGACCUUUGGCACGUUUUAGUGCUUUUAAAGGGCAUUUUCUCACUAAUAUUGGGGAAACGAGGUGACAAAUUCGGGUUGACCCGUUAUAAAUUCUCUCCCCUCUUCCCCUACUAGUGGUAAAACGUCUGGGUGGAGCCGACUGUCUGCCAAAUUGGGCGUGAUGACUAACGUAGCAUAAAACCCCUUGCCUGAGGCGCACUACGUGCAAAAUAUACGCAGAGCAGAGUCAUGGGCAACUGCCUGCGUAACCUUUGCGCAAUGCGCAGAGCUAAAGUCAGUGAAAAUACUAGCAAAAAAUGGUAGAUCAUUUUAGUAGGUUGUGGGUGGGUAAGGCUGAAGUGGCUAUUUUUGGCGGUUUGCAUCAAAUGUGUGUCUGUAAUCUCGCUUUGACAUAAAGAUGUCACCUUGCAAGUUGACGCGCAGGUCUUUUAAAGAACAAAACGCAAGGGCUCCUCCGCAUUUUCGGCAGAGGACUAACGUUUAAUACCCUUCUGUCCAUGUCAUUUUGUAUUGCUUGCAGUUUUUGCGUAAAGCAAUCUUGUCUACCUUCUUCAAAUGAUUCAUUUUUGUAGGAAUUCGGUAGCAAUCGUUCUUCGAACAAAAGCCAUCGUCCGUGUCCAGGCAAUUAUAAGUAAGUGACAAAUAAAACAUCAAGCAUGUUCUUUUACAAUUAUUCAUAAUUGUGUGUAUAGCUCCUUCUUAAUGGACCUCCAUGGCACUCCUAUUCAGAGGGGUCCGAGCCGACACCCUCUUCCCUUGUUGUGUAAAAUCCUAGUCAGCGCACGUUGUGGACCAUGGAGUGUGGCAGUACGCUUGGGUGCGGUUUUUGUCCUGCCGGCCACCUGCGCCCUCUCCCGCCUCCGAUCUGCUUGUCUCUGUCUUGACACCGUCACUAAGUGGGGAGGAGGAGAGAGCACGGUGUAUGCAACGAAGGUCACUAUCAUUUUAAACUAACUCCCGCGCAAGUCGUCGUUCCUGCUCUCACCCUGCUCAGGAGCACACGGUGAACAUCGUCGGUCACGACAGCGAGCCCUAGUGUCGUCUGUAUGUAUCUGUGUGUUUACCCCUAAAACGCCGCCAUCGACCGACUCCCCCAAGUGGAAAUCAACAUCGACCCGGGUCUUCCACUAUCCCAAAAGCCGUCCGCACCAUGCAACAACUCUCCAGCGGGAAGGCACCCGAUCCCAGUUUGAAUCUACAAGCACGGCGGUCACCGACUGAUUGACCAACUCGCAGCUCUAUUUCAGGAGAUGCAGCGCUGCGGUAAGGUUCCUCCGGAUUUCAAGGACGCGACCAUGGUUAACCUCUUCAGGCGGAAAAGUAACUAGGAACUCUGUGACAAUCACAGAGGCAUCUCGCUACUCAAGAUCGUCGGAAAGAUCUUCGCCCGAAUACUCUUCCAUCGUCUCAACGGCCAUCUAGAGCAGGGACUGCUGUCGUAAAGCCAGUGUGGAUUCUGACAAACACCGCAAAAUCACUGAUGUGAUUUUUGCCGUCCGCCAGCUACACGAGAAGUGCUAGGAGAUGUGGACUCCCGUCUACACCAUAUUCAUGGACCCGACAAAAGCCUUUGACGCGGUGAAUCGCGAAAGAGUGUGGAAAACCAUGCAGAAGUUCGGCUGCCCUGAACAAUUCGUGCACAUGGUACGUCAGCUCCACAACGGGAUGAUGGUGUGCGUCACGGACAACGGCGCAGUCUCCGAGGCAUUCGGAGUGACCGAUCGAAUGAAAUAGGGGGUGCCUACUCGCCGACCCUCUUCAGUCCCAUGUUUUCUGUCAUGCUGAUGGACGCCUGCAGUGAUGAGCGUCCCGGGAUCCGCAUCACCUACAGGACCGACGGGCACCUUUUCAAUACCCGACGAAUACGGGCCCUGACACGUCUCUCCAUAAAUACUAUUCAGGAUCUGCUCUUCGCUGUAUGACCGAAGAGGACAUGCAACGGAGAAUGGACUCCUUCGCCUCCGGCUGCGUCCACUUCGGACUGAUCAUCAAUAGGACAACAUUGUGAUCAUGCAUCAACAGCCACCGAACGGUGAAUAUAGUGUCCCCCGCAUCCGCACCAAAUUGAAGAUGUACAAGGCCAUCAUCCCGACGACACUUCUAUAGGGAGCGGAGACCGGACCGUCUACUACAGCCAUGCCAGGAAGCUGAACUACUUCCAUCUCAGCUGCCUUCGCAGAAUACUAAAGCCGAGAUGACAAGAGAGGAUCGUCGACACGGAAGUCCUAGAACGAACCUGGAUUUCCUGCAUUCUCUUCAUGUUUUGGAAACUACAACUGCGUCAGAGCGACCGUACGGUGAUGAUGGAAGAUACACGACUACCAAAAGAACUCUUCUAUGGUAAUGUCGCCACGAGCACUCAUCAGCAAGGAGGACAAAACCGGCGCUACAAAAAUACCUUGAAAAAUCUUCGAAACAACUGCAGACCAACCCGAAGACCUGGAAGGAUCUCGCCCAGAACAGACCGGCACGAAGAAGGAAAGAGAAGCCAGGCGCAGCCAUCUACGAAUCCACUUGGAUCGCCACCGUCAAAGCUAAAAGGGAGGCCCGCAAGUCACAAAUGCCUCCACUUCUCAAUGCCAGCCGUCAGCAACUUACAACAUUCUCGCGCUGCCAGCGCACAUUCUGCGCGCGCGAAUCGGUCUCUUCGGACACUUUCGGACACAAUGCAACAACAGUCCGGCAACACCAACUUCACCUCCCAUCCUCGCCCCCUGUCGCAAGACUCGCAACCACUACCACGCCCGUCAUCGGCGAUUACACUUUUGAUGACCCGCGGCCAUCCAUCACCGACAUCAUCCGCCCUGUCUCAACCCCUGCGUCGGUCACAGCGACCAGCGCCGCCAACACCACAACACCUCACACUCUCCACCAAUGGGACGACAUCCGAUGCCCCGUUAUUCACUAUCAUCACUACCGGCAUAACCUACAGCAAUGUGGACUCGGUUCCAACCUGUCCUCAUUGCGAUCGCAUAUUCGCUUCCCAUCGCACGGAGACUGGCGAACCAGUGUCUGGAGCACUCACAUGAGCUCGCCGCAUCCGCCUCCAUUGUCCACACUGCCCACGCACAUUCACUCACCGCAUGGGCCUACUCGGUCACAUGAGUAUCCAUGACAGAAGGCUGCCGACGACGCCUCGACUCAGUCCACGCAGUCUGCCCAGUUGCGUGUGCUUGUGUGGGGUGGCGGAAUGGUGAGCUGAGAGUCAGGCUGUAACGGCUCCUUCGUAAGAUGACCUCAGGCACUGUCAAGCAAGUGAAGAGUGUGUGUAGGAGUAUAUGGGUAGUGCCUCUCAGUCAACGACCGACUGCUUACCUGGCCUUUGAAGGGUGAUAACCCAGGAUAAAUGCAGAGCUGCGUCUCACCCUGCUGGGCUUAAAGGAUUGUGUUCGCUUGCUAUGCCAUGAUUCGGCAAACCAUGGCCCUUGCAGCUUCGUAUGCGCUGACGGUUCUAUGGCAUUAGGUUUCCUGGCAGUAGACGCGCUUGCUCUCCCGCUGGAUAUCCAGGUUAUGUGCAUGGUUGUCCAGUGACUCCUGUCGUCCUUCUCUUUUUGAUCCAUUUUUUGUUGGUUUAAAUCCUGAUCAAGUGUUUUUUGUGGAACAGGGGGGUGUGGUAGUACGCCUGAAUGCGGAUCCCGUCGUGUCAGUCACCUGCGCCCUCCCCCCGCCUCCGGUCUUCUUGGCACAACUCUUAGCGUUCCGUGAUCGUCUGAAAACACGCCAAAUUUAUCAUAGGGAGGAGAGCUCCGAUGUGCCGUGGAGAUAAAUUUCCCGGUAUUGGCCUCUCUCUAUCUCGCUAUCCUCUCACAUGCACCAGUUGGCAGCUCUUGCCUGUCAACCAAUGGCUGAUAACAGUAGGCGUGAAGGCCACACAAAUGGGGUUGCCAUAAAGAGCUCAAUAAUAGGAAGACACUGCGGUCUCAUCCCCAACCAUGUAUACGACUGAGUUGCACCGUCAGUUGGGAAACUUCCAAGUCACAGAAGUUAUCGUGUCAGCAGUAUUGCGAUGAGGAAUUCACUGACUUGCUAUGAGGAUGGAUUCCCCAGGAUGAAUCUCACUCGUUCCCCUCUUCCCCACACUUCACUGCCCGGUCGGAGCCUUUCAGCUGACUGGUCUUGAGAUUGGGCGGUGUUACUGGCGUGAGGUAGGCCUCCGCCUACCGCAUGCGGUGCAUACACAAAUGAAAAAAUAAUGUUUCUCACUAUUAUUACAGACAUUGACGAGCAUCACUGCAAGGUUAAUGUGCGAAAGAGGAAUGGCCCUUUUGCGUGUGCGCGUGACCAAAAAGACAAGCGCGUAAGUAAGUGCGCAGCGACGGUGUGCGCCUGGAUGAUGGGUGAUGUUUUAUCGAUCGUUAUACCGCAUGUACAUAAGACUGAAUGGGUCCACGAGGCGACCGUACUUGCGCAUGUGGUGUGGGCAGGGGACUCAUGAGUGGCAGAGUUUUGAAUGAAGGUGGGCGAUGGGUUUAGGGACUAUAAAAGCUGAACAGCCAAUCUACGUGUGUCACACCGCAACUUUUGGUUGUUUCCUAUGUCUUCCAGACGUGUGUAAGUAUUUCCAAAGUACAUUAGUUAGUUCGACGUCAUUUGAGUGGGGUUAUCGACAUGUCCUUGCGGCGUCGUUCUUCUUCACUGCAUUUACGAAGGCAUCUAACGCCGUUUCCGAAAGCAUUCGCUUCAGCAUGUGAUGAUCAGUCAUUUUCAUAUGUUACCGUUUGGUCUCAUUUAGACCUGAUUCAGCAUACCGGCCACCUCUAGCACCUGGAUGUUUGAGGCCUAUUCCUGUCACAUCACCUGUAAUAUCCUUCGAAGACACCAUAUGCGGCAGUAUUUGAACUUUCUCACUCGGCUUUGGUUGAUUUCCAGGUCUCCGCAGCGCAGACUAAUGUUGUUAGGAUGACAACCCUGUACGCGUUAGGUUUCAUGCCGCGGCACUUCCAGACUAAGUGUGGUAACCCGCUAAAAGCCUGGAUAUACACACACACACACACGGUGUGCUUUGUGAUGUUAGCUUGUUUCGUGACUCAGCGAGCAGGGUCAAGUUUAACCCGCUUGAGAGCAGUGUAAAUAAAUGCGCCCUGCUUGUCUCUAAAGUCACUUUCAAGAGCUGCAGCGCACGCUCACAGGCGUGCGCUCUUAAAAGACCUGACCCACAUGCCGACCCAACGGCGCAGAAGUUGAGCCGAGAAGUGGCUUCAUCUACUAGCAGUGCUCACCCAGUGGCUUAACUUCAGAGAGGGUGGGGGUUCGCGUAUAGUAGGCCUUCGUGGUGUCGUCGGGACGGCGCUCAUGUCAAAAUCGUGGUUUCUAUGACUGCGGCAAAAGGUGUCAGCUCCUGUUAGGGGCAUGGAAGUUGUGCUUGCUGAUGCUGCUGCUGCUGCUGCUGUUGAUGUCGGUGAUGCUGCUGGUGAUUCUGCUGUUACUGAUGCCGUUGGCACCGCGUUUGUCUAGAUGGCGCGCCGUGUGCGCCAAACGGAUUGGCUUGUAGCCGCGUGGGUUACAGCAGCCCCGAGUGAUCGAUAUUCGCUUGCACGCACACAAACGCGCACAAAAAAAACAACGGAACUGACGGUGUGCAAUUUCGCGCGCUUGUAAACGCGUGCAGUUUGCUCACGAGCUUCGGUCGGCAAGCGUUCGUCACUGUAAGGCAAGAUCAGACGCGACUUUCGGGAGGGAAGACUUCCCGUAGUCUCCGCUAUCUAACAACAGCCCGCACAUCGCCGUGAAUUAAUUUCGCGAUAGACGCAGAGGGUUGGGAUUGAGAAGACGUAGCCCUAGGAAAUGCUUCGAUUUUUAGCAAAAAUAUCGGUCACAUGUGGUUAUGUAGUCCAUCUAAAGUAAACAAAUCCCAUUCGCCUGUAAUACGGGACCUGUGGUGAUAGGGCUUUUUUCAGGUGAGGCCGGAGAACGCACAGGCGACGAGAUCAGGUGGUUGUAUGCGGAAGAAAAGUUAUUUGGAAUGCGCGGCUGUUCUUUGAGUGGUUAAAAAAUAGUUGCUCCAACCCUAACCCCAACCUUAACAGCAUCCUGUCCAUCAGGUGGGGCUACAUAACCACAUAUUACCAAAAUCUCUUUCAUCUGACCCAUUUGUGAAAAAAUGCACGGCUUCGGUGGGAUUCCAACCAACGACCUUACAGGCACAUUAAGUUGAGCACCCAAGAAGGAUUUCUUAAACAGUCAAUUUAGAAUCCACUAGAUGACUACCAGGUUCACUCUCGAUAUUCGAUUUCGUUCGAUAUUGAUGGUCUUAAUUUAUCUUCUAGCUGUGUUGAGUUCCUUCGUGCCAAUAUAAAGGGCAGUUUCAACAUGUUUACUCUAGCAUCAGCGCUUAUCUGUUAUUUAACAAGAUCAUAGAUCUUGGUAUAUACACUGAUUGACCGAUCUCAUGAAAUGUUGGCUGAAAUUCUGAAAUACGUUUUCGAUUAGGAAGGAUUACUUGGUCGCGGUUGUAAUACUGAGUAUCUUGCGGCAUAACCUUAUAAGAUUUCGGACUCGGUAGGAUGUCAGCUUUUGAAUUCACUGCUUUUAAAUCUCCCGUAGAAACCGUACUAGGUAAAAAAUGGCUACUUAUGUAGCAUGUAUUUUUCCCAUUGAUUUUCGAUGGUCUUGCAAAAUCAAAUAUAUUUUAUAGAAACCAUAAACAAGAAUAUGCUUUCUUUUUGUCAAUUAAUAGAGAAUCACGUCUUCUUUAUAUUUUAUACUCAAGAAAGGAGUAUAACUAGGUUUUAAAAAAGUUUCUAAUUAUGAGCUUUUUGAAGACCGCGCAAGGCCCAUUCACAUAGCAUCGUACCUGUCCAUCUACCAUUGCUCGUCAUGAAAUGAACGACAUAGUCCGCAUCCAUUGCAAAAUUUUAUGGACUAUGUAUGAUAUCUUUUUAAUGACAUAGAAAAGUAUGUGAUUUUUUAUGCGGAACGCAUGCACCUUGUAGGCUGAAAUCAGUAAACGCUAGUGCGACGAAUGAUAAGGCUCCACAUUAUUCGGCCAUUAGAAAACUUUUUAAAACCUAAUUAUACUCCUUUCUUGAGUAUAAAAUAUAAAGAAGACGUGAUCCUCUAUUAAUUGACAAAAAGAAAGCAUAUUCUUGUUUAUGGUUUCUAUAAAAUAUAUUUGAUUUUGCAAGACCAUCGAAAAUCAAUGGGAAAAAUGCAUGCUGCAUAAGUAGCCAUUUUUUACCUAGUACGGUUUCUACAGGAGAUCGAAAAGCAGUGUAUUCAAAAGCUGACAUCCUGCCGGGUCCGAAAUCUUAUAAGAUUAUGCCGCAAGGUAAUCAGUAUUAUGACCGCGACCAAGUAAUCCUUCCUAAUCGAAAACGUAUUUCAGAAUUUCAGCCUCCUAUGAAAUCAGGUCACGCGUCAAAAUCUACUAAUAUCACACAUAAGAAUGUGUAAUUAGAACUCGGACUGUGGCUAACUGCAAGUUCCAAUUUUAUUUCCUCAAAUGCAUUUCGGUUGAUAUGUAUUGAUUGACCCAUAUAUUACAGAUAUUCCAGACUGUGGAGCGUAUAAUCUUAUUAAUCAGACACGUUAAGUUAACCGGCGAGGCACAUUUGAAAGACUUCGGUAGGGUUGCUAAUGCUUACUUCAGAAAGAAGAUAUUUUGGGUGGCUUGGGUUUUUUUAAUCUGAUGAGGCGCUCCACUUGAUCAAAACCUUAAAAGUAUUGCAUUUUUUGGAGCGUCGUUUGUAUGUUAUUUGCCCUCGUAUUUGACGGCGGUUCAGACCGCCCAUUAGCGGGCACGGGGACUACGUUUAAGAUGAGAAUAACCGCAGGAGGCGACUAAGUUUGAAUAUUUUGCGUUACGAACUUGGUCAUAUGUCGAGUAGUGUCCUAACAUCGCCUCAACACGACUGCUUUGGUACUCAGUCAUCCGCGUCUUACAGAAAACCUACAUAAGCGCCGCAAAGUGCCGCACUCUGAGUGCAUGUGGGAUUUACACAAUCCAUAUAUUCUCGGAAGCCUAAACUGCGUUAAGUCCACACGAAGAACCUGUCCAUGAGUGCGCAUAUAUUCAGCGAUUGUCUUCGUUAAUCGACCUACAUUUGACUGUUUUGUGCAAAACCUUAACCACCUAAGGCGCUUGUUGCACAUAUUGCGUGUUACUUUCUAAGCGUCGAUGUAAUUUCGUGGAUCCAGGAAUGAUUCAUGUUGGCGUUAGCUUGUCGCCAUGGUGACUGACCAGGCCACUACACUUACGGUCAUGAACAGGGUGUGGCCUGUGGGUUCUGUUCGAAAUAGGCACGCGAGAUGCAUGGGUAUCUUCUUUCCCAGGGACUGGAAAAGAAUGCAAUGCGCGACGGUGGUCGCGCAAGUACUUCACGAGAGUAGCAAAAUUCUUUAAAUUGCAAAACUUUCAACACGAAGACGAUUGUAGACGGGUAGCAGACAGAUGAACAGCAGAGCUUUGCACAGACUCCCUUAACUCAUGUACAGCAUAGUUCACAUUUUAUUUGCUGAAAGCAGUCUCUGAUGAUUUAAACAAAAAAGGUAUUUGCCUUGAUCGCAUAUUAUGUGCAUCUCUAACAAUAUACUCAAGAGAGAGGAGGGAAGACCUUGAAAAUUCUGCAUUCUAAUUUUUUCGCCAAAAAUCAGCUAAUGUCAAAUUUGUGCAGUGUCGAGCAGCCUCCCGAGCGUUAUUUUUGUUGCGUACCUCAAUAGGCGCGACAAAGAUGAUUUAUUAUUAUUAUUAUUAAUGAGUUAGUCAUCAACAGGAUUCGACAAAAUAAUUUUCUACUGUUUGUCUCUUUAACACAUGAAGUCCAUGCCUAAAUCAACAUCCUCAUAAGCUCUGGCAAAAAGAACUCUGUCUUCCUCCAUCUUCUUUUUUAUAUAGACAGCUCAGUAUGCAAGUCUAAGUCUCAAUUUCCCCUGAUACUAAAACAUAAGUUUAUGGGGAAAAUAACAUUUGACCAAUACAACCCAGUAAUCAUCAGCUUUCAUCCCUAUCAGCCAAAUUUAAUUUGGACGCUGGAACAGCUGGGAUGCGUGUCUGUGAACUCACCCUCUAGGCAGAUUGCACACCGUUUCCAUCUAGCCCGGCAUCCCGCGGCGCAUUCUAUCAAUGAGUUAUUGUGCCCUACUGUAUGAAAACAUAUGUGACCUUGAACACACUUAGGGAUCGUUUAUGGCCCCAUUCAGUGUUUCGUAGCUGCGCCGUUUCUGCUACUGCAGUCGACGUUCAUUUUGGAUAUCAGAAGACACUGACAGUCCUGCGCCUAUACUAAAAUUAGGGAGUACUCCUAUCCCAUCAGAUAGGGUACUAGGACCAGGUCUGUAACGCAACAGCCUUUCCACCUCAGACAAGAAGGCCUAAACCUGCUCUGGUUCUUGCUUCUUUGGUACUACGGAGCUUUUUUGCGAGGAUGGAAGUGAUGCCUCUUGCCGAAUGUUGAUCUACAGCUGACGACGAAAGCCCCGACAAGGGGGCAAAACUUUUAAUCACAACGACGGGCCGUUGUAGAUUUUUUUGCUCCUGGUUGCGUGUGUCGAUGACUUUAGAAUUAUAGGCCCAGUUAGCAGUGUAAUAUCUAAAGUCUUGCUGUUCCCCCAUAAGGGUAAAAAAAGAAAUAACUUAGGCAACAUCGCCACCAACCGCAACGCCUUUUGAGGGAUCUCCAACCUAUUUAGCAAUUUUCGGAAAAUGGCUGACGGAUACAUAUGCAUACUUUUCUCUGAGGCAUUAUUCAAUCGUCUGACUUCUGUCAACUCUAAUAAGAUAUCAAGUUAAAUUUUAUACACCUGCAAGUCAUUUACCCUCAAGCAUUUUUCAUCCAUUGUUCUGUACUUACCUCCCUGACAACAUUAGCAAAGGUCGUCUAUUAUAACUGUAUAGUGCACCUUUUGAAUUUUUUCGCCUUGUUAUUCCUAGAUAAGUUGUACUCUUCAUCUGGUCAGGAACUGAGGCGAGCCCUCUUCUCUCUGAAGCAAAUAUUUCAGGUAAGCUUAUUCUAUUACUGAACCAUCGAUAUGCUACAUAGCACCUCUUACACAUUUAAAUUACUGGAACCAUCAUCACUCAAUCCAAGUGCUUACUUAUUUUAAGUCACUGGCAUACGUUUUUAUACUUAAAACACAAUUUCUUUGACUAGCAGCCUCAAGAGGUUUUUAAAUAAAAAGAUACAUUUUUGGUGAAAGAUACUUCAGUGAAAGGUCGAAAGCUCUCUCAGCGUAGUUAACAGGACAGUUUUAUUAAAUUUGCCUUUUCUGUUUUUAUGUGUUUAUUCCAAGGAAUUUCUGCACGACUCUCAGAGUGAACACCCAGAAAGCUUUUUUCAUACAUUAUCGGGUGUCUAGGCUGAUGAAAUAUCUGUACUCGCUUUAAAUCACGACUUACUGUGCAAAAUGUCAAUUAUUACCUGUCAUUUAUCACCAAGAAGUCAAUCAAGCUAUGUUUGCCAUAAUGUACUAUGACUUUUGUUCUGUUUGAGGCAAAGUAAAAUCUAAAAACCUACCGGCAUCUCAGACCAAACACCCAAAGGUAGAUAACGGAUGGGCAGUUGCUAGGACGACCAGGUGGAAAGUAUUCGGUGUUUUAUUCUGAACCUUCCACAGUAUGUAGACGACUUCGAUCUGACGGUGUAGUCACUAAAAAGUAAGACUGACAGCUGAUUGGUAGACUGUUGUCCCGGUCUGUCCCGCGUCAAGGCAUUAUUAAAAAGUGGAAAGAGGGAGGGACAUCUGACGGAUGCUUGUGGACGCUGAAGAGAACAAGCCGCAAACCAAGGUAUUUAAUUGCCUGGCCGAGCGAUGAAGGGGAGCAGAUCGGUUCGGUCAGACAGAAUCCAAUGAUGAAGUUUAGAAGCUGGUUGUGAGCAGUAGAAUGAGUGCUGUAAGGACUGCGUUAUAUUUUCCUAACCCUUCCGGAUUAGUCGAUUCUGUCCACCCGUAUCACGCGGAAGUUUCCUCGUUGUUUCAAAACAUAACUGUUUUUGGCAGUGUCGAUGACUUGCAUUCGCACUAAGUGAGGGUUGCACAACUUCAUCUGUCAUGUCCCAUCAGCCAGCCCUCAGCAGAUUUGCGUUGCAAUGCUGAAGCAAUAAACGGUGGAGGAAAUUGCGCUCAGUGACUUACCCGGAAGUUAUUGCAUUUAAGCCUAGUUUGACGCGUCGGUGAAACGGACUUUACACACCAUGAUAGUCACAAUCAUGAAAGUUUAUUGCGUGGACAUCUCCACGGCCUACAAUGCCCCCAACAUACAGGUAUGUAUACCAUGCACGGUGCCAAUAGUGAAUUGAAUUCUCGAAAGUCAGUGUCCACAGUCAGGAACAAGAUAUCGGAAUUGCAGGCGACUCAUCACUGAGUCCCAAACUUCAUGGGCAAAAAAAGAGUCUGCCCUCAAACGGAACCUCUAUCAUAACAUUUCGGUGUGCGAAAAAUUGAAAGAAAUAUGUCUUCAAGUUAGAAAUACAUUGAUCAGAAGUUGAUGUUUCUUCAACUUUCGAGUUCGAAAGGCCAUAUAAUGAAAACGCUUUAAUAGGCGAAUCGAGCGGUGAAGAACUGCAAAAAGAAAUAGUGGACGGCGGCUGGGUUCGCAAGAUUGAUCUCUUAGCUGAUAUUUCCAAGACACGUCCUUCGUUUAGGGAAACAUUUUAAUAGAAAUGACGCAGCGAAAGAAUUGGAAGGGUUCUUAACGUGAAAGACUGCGACUCAGAAUCCCCACUCAAAUUAACUCAGAAAUUUUGCUUUUGGUCAAAAAUAAGUGCAAACCUGUUGGCCGAACCCCAACACGAGGGAAAAGCCAGGAACGUCUCCCCUGGCCUUAACAUUAAGCCAAAUGUUUGUCGGCUCAUCUGCGACGGCCAGACCUUUCCACGAAAGAGACCUAAGACUGCAGAUAGUGUUCUACCGAAAGUACCUUCGCGCAUGCACUGUUACCUCACAGACUUCAUCUGAUUUAUCCUUCUGCCGCCAUCGAUGGCAGCCACUCAGGCUUGCUUAAGAAUCUUGAAUAAUUGAAACGCAAUGAUAAGGAGGUGCGUGGAGUUUAACGACUGGACGUGUUUUCAAACUGCAUAAUAGCCAGCGGGACCUCAAAGUUCUUAGUACCGUACAUAAUCUGACGACAGGUUGGAGCCCGUGAGAGUAAAGUCCUCUUCACCCCGACGGGGCUGUAAACUUCAUUCUAUUCUGACUCUCAGUGUUCAAGUAUGAACCUACCUUUGUCUCAACAAUGUGUGCCACAUUCUUUGGAUGCCGACUGGGUUGAGUGUCUUUUUGGAUGAUCCUUGAGUCAAGAGAUCAAGCCCCCAUUUUCCUGAAUUUCUGCUCAUGCAUAUUACAAGGCUGUGAAUAUACUCUAUCAAAAACACUGCUUAUUUCGCUGUGUGUAUGCUUUUAAAUUUAGGAGGGCUCUUUUUAACCACCCAUUACAUCUGCUUUGCAUUCACUCUUUUAGAAUGACAAGGAUCUUGUGCACGAAUUUGUCACCCAUUCAGGCCUGAACUGCCUAGUGACGAUCGGUUCCAAGUCAGACCAAACCCAUCAAAACUAUAUUCUUCGAGGUAAUUUCCUAUGCGGCUCAAAUAUCAUCCUUGUGCGAUAUUAAAAUUUGACCUGCACCAAGUUAUGCAGUUAAGAUUCUUUGCUUCCUUGUUGUCCUCGCCAGAACUUAAUGUUCGCAGGUUCCUGAAGUUGAGAAGCAAAGGUGUGAAAUCUCUGCCAAUAGGUGAAACUGAAUCUGGAGCUUCUUUGUUUACUCUAUAAUCCAAUGUGGAGUUUUUCGGUAGAACUGAUAUUGGGACCUCCGUUCCUAUAUUAAAACUUUGUUGCUCACUAAAAAUGGUCAGCAGUCAGUCUUGAGCCUGAGACGGCUCUUACCGAGUAGCAUUGUCUUUACUGACAAUGUUUGCUAAAGAAUCACAAAUUAGUUUCUAAGUUGACGCGGCCCCUUGCUCGGAGUUCUGCUCAACGACCAUUUUUCCGUAUUAUCAUAAAAGUUUCCCCCCACUUCUACCCCCACUUUUUUAGCAUCUGUAUGCUACGAUAAGUUGGGGUUUGUGCUAUGGCUCCCAUUAAGGCAUUUUUCGAGGUUCAAGCAUCACGUUUUGAAAAAGACUAAUAUUAUUUGUCAUUUCAAGGCUUUCCAUAAAAACUCCAUGACCCUGAUGCUAGUGGAAGUAUCUACUAUCUUGUCAAACGUUAACAUGGACUCCGUUUACCAAUUUAUUCAGAUCUAUACUCAAUAUGCUUGGACUAACCUGUGAUGUUUGAUUACGAAAAUAAACGCGAUCCGCCUGAAUCUAAUUUUUCCAAGGAAACACUUCUUCAGCGUUUAAAGGGGAUAAGUUCUAUGAGCGUUUUUAGAGACUUCUUUUAGCUGCAACAAACAGCAAACAACAAGGACUUCACAAAAAUUAAACGGCUGCUUUCUUUCAUAGAAGACUAAUGCCUAAUCCUUGACAGAAGGGGAGAGGAAAUGUGAAAUAAUCUAUUCGUUUGCAAAAGUGGAUGGGCACCUGCUUGCUCAGAAACACUUGGAAAGUAUUACUGGCUCAUUAACCGUCAUCAGCAGGCUAUAGCACAACCCAGGUAUGGAGACCUGACUGCUCGGCUGGCCAUUGCCAAACUCUGUUCUAUUGAACAAAUCGUUUACUGGUUGUUGGCCGGUACCGGACCACCUCCGAGGACUCUGAACCGACGCGCCACGGCAACGCGGAAUUACCUAGUCCCGUUCUGCAAUCUGGACGUAUCAUCAACGUCGUUGCCACAUCGCUCAGAAAUAAGUUUAACCAUUUGUCGUUUGCGAUUCCCUUAUCCACUGGAAUUAUGCGAGUUAUGGAACUUUAAAGCGAUGCAAAUUUAAAAAAUAUAUGCGUUCAGUUUCAGCAUUGUUCGUGCUUUGAACCUUUUCUUGGGAAAAGAGGAUUACAUUAUAUCAAAAGCAGGAGCUCCUGUCUAUUACUCACCGGUCCUAGUGGGAAAACUAUACUAAAAGUGACGUUAUUAUCACUAUUAGUAAUAGUAAAUCCUAAUGAAUCCGUCUCUUCAAUGUAAUGUCUAUCUCGUUUGUCCCUUCGACCUAUUGUCGCGAAGCUUUUGACAUGAAAGACAAAAUAUCAAUUGACGCUGCGCAGAGUCAACAUUUAUAAUAGUAGAAUUUCUAGAAUUCUUAGUAAGUUAUAAGUAAAUAAGUCUUCCUAUCUGGUAAUGGGCAUUUUUCACUUGGCUCAGCUGCAGGCAGGAGCGUGUCCGCUUUUGUCUACCUCGGAGUUCAGGAUAGGUCCACCGGGUUCAGGUACCGUAGCACUGAGACCUAGUUUUGAGACUUGGCUACUUGCAGAUGUCACGUAACUCAUGAACGGCCACUUUAACACCCAUAGCUUUUGAUAUACACGUUGUUUAAUUGAUCGCCUAAUUAAACUUCUCUUAGGAGGUCGCAUUUGUUGGGCUGUCGUGGGCAAACAGUUCAAGCAGAGUCCAAAUUUCAGAGACUAGCAGGAGUGAUCGCCAAUUUGCUAACCUGCUAGUCACUUUUAACUGCUUGAAACACUGCGAAAAAUGAAAAACUCCUGAGAAAUUAAUCUAGGAAUCAUGCAUUAAUAACUACGAGAGUGCAGCGUGCGUGACAAUUUGACCAUAAAACCGUUGUUUUUAUAAGUCGUAUUAUGGUUUUCUCUCGAAAAAACGCCAACGCUAACGAUAUAUUUAGUGUUACAUUGCAUAAGGAUGCAGUGUCAACUUUAUUUUUCUUUGGCUGCUCUGUGGAUUGAGACGAUGGGGAAUAUUAUAUACGAGUUUUUCAGUGUUGAUGGAAGAAUAGAGGGAUGUUAAAGAAAGGGAUAAAAAUAUGAUUCCAAAGAGAAAGCUACGACUGUAACCGUCGUUGUGGUUUUCCUGAACAUAGAAGUUUGACUUCUGUGUCGUAAUUAACACUUUUACACAAAAAACGAUGAGACGUCGACGCCAUCUGGACGCUUUUCAAUAUCUCCCUAUCGGCUUUAGGUGGGCAUCUUGCAAUGCUUUCGAAAUAUUACAGCCGAAUCGUUCAACCGAACCGUAUUGGGCGUUACCGCGACCUUUACGGCUAAACAUUGGCUAGGUACCUGCUUUUACAAUUGACACCAGCGUGCGGCACCACAGAUUUGCACAUUUCGCUGCAAAACACCGUAACCAUACUUAGUGUUUUUUCGUGCAUGUUUUUCUUUUUCAUCUUACCCCUGUAUUAAUGAGUCGGCUGUUGACUGUUCGUAAAAAUAUCGCUUAAGCCACCAAGCGCUUCUUGGGAAGCCAUAGUUGAGAACCGAUUUUGGUCUACAGCUAAUGUCGAAACUUUAUUCGGCGAGGUUUGGUUCUGCAGCCCCUUUUGAUUUAUACUAUAUGGUUAGCUUUCUAAAACAAUCUUGGUAGAUGGGAGUACUCUGGCUUUACAAAUACCACGUGUUUGCACCUUCCUUACCACUUUAAUACAGCGAGUGACUAUGCCACGGGGGAGGAGUCCUUAUACGCCAUCCGCGGUUACAUCAGCUAUCAGUUCCUACGCGCUUUCCUACGCGUGCUUCGAGCCCUACUUGCGCCUUCUUUCUUAUACGUAUCCAGAGAGGGGCUAAGUAGGCUCGCUGAUGGAACUGUUCGGACGGACUAGAACUCCGUCGGUUCCAAUACAAUGGCCAUGCACCGCGAAUUACCACGCGGUACCCCCUGUGACCUUUCAGUUAUGAUUGCAUCCUCCUUAUACUACUAACCCAGCAAGUGGCUGUGUCGCGGGAAGAAUGUGUAUACGUUAUCACGCCCUUCCCUGAGCGUGCUUCAAGCUCUGCUUACGCUCUCUUUCCCUUCCUAAUCCUGCGAGUGGCUUAAUUAGGUAUGUUUAUGAAUAUUGUUUUAGUAAGCUAGCCACAUGCUGUCAAUCGAGUGGGUCUGUAGAAUGAAACCUCGCCCUUCAUGCUUCCCUACUUGAGCGGGAAAUGACAUGAGUGUCCUAUUCCAAGUGUGGUCUUAAUGGCGCACCUUACGCGUGUGGGAUCCUAGUUGAACUGCUACAGGUCUUAGGUGGCGGCUGCAGAUCGCAUAAAAAUCUACGCCGGCCGUCAUUUAGCGCCGGCUAGGUUCGAAAAAUGCCCCCUGGACCAUGAGCAAAAAGCAGGAACGAAAUUCAUUCAGCCCGAAUGGAGUAGUUAAGUUCCUCAGUAAAAACGACCAAUCCAACCUCCAAAUUCCCACGGCGCGCAAAGAUUCGUGGCUUGGAAGGUUGUCACCCAGCGGGAUAAUCCAGUCCUCCUCCAUUCUUGGGGGGCCGGGCUGUAGCGGCCCCUCUUAAUAUGGCCUCAUUGACACUUCCGCUUAUGUGAGAUCUGAGACCGCCCCAUUGAGGUCUGGGCUGUGUGUAACUAGGAGUAAGGUCGUAUGUGUCACGCGCGAGAGGGCUAUUCAAUUUUAUCGGACCCUGCGUCUACGUCCGUGUCCGACCGCCUUGACGUUGUCUUGUCGUGGGACAACGAUGGGCGGAGUAGGAGUUGGGUGAUGUAGUUACAUCGCAAGUCCGCCGCGUUAUAGAAGACUUCACGCGCAAGUGGUCGCUGCAUCUCUUCGUAGACAGUGAGAGUCCUCCCUAUUUACGACCAACGAAAUGCCAAUGAGUGUGUUUGGCUCCUGCUGCCCUUGGGUUUCCCGCCCACCAAUCAUGUUCAUUGCCGACUUUUCGUUUUUUAAAAAUAAUUCGCAUAAUUGUGAUGGUGCCUGCGUGGGCCUCUUCCCCUGCAAUACCUAUGUACAUAAAUAUAUGUUGGGCAAAAAGAGCAGCAGAACUUAUCAGCCGAUAAGUGCCACAUUUUCUCUGAAUACGUUUAUUGGCUUUUUUAGCUUUGGGGCAGCUUAUCCUCUACGUGGAUGGAAUGAGGGGCGUAAGCGAGCAUCCAGAUACUAUUCGGUGGCUUUAUUCUCUCCUCUCCUGCAAGGUAAAUACUGGAUGA